GAAGAAAAGUGAGCGAAACUCAAAAACAGUUCGUCCGCCUUCACGUUAUCUUUAUUUGUUGAUGCCUACUUGGUUUUCAUGCCUCUUUAUCUAAUUGAAGACACUUCAAACCAGCAUUCCACAGCACUGUGAGCUAUUGUUCUACACAAACGCUUCCAGAAACGUCGUUGUUUACGGCUAACCAUGAGAGCUAGCCGGAGUGUCGGCGGAAAAGCGUCCGUCAGCCGCAGCAAAUGUCCAACAUCGUCCAGGACCAUAAAGGUUCUGGCCCAGAGGAGUCAGGAGUCGGUGGCAGCAGUGGGGGCCUGGGUGGAGGGCGGGGAGUACUUCCAAAACCAUCCAUCGGUGGUGGCGUCAUAUGUUGAUCAAAGCCAGCGAGAAACCAGAAGAGUGAAGGCAGAAAAUCUCAGAAGAUUCCAGGACGAAGUGCGCCACCGUGUGUCACAAGUCAACACUCGCAGUGUCCCAGAUAAUCCGGUGAGACCUGAGACAAAAACUUCAUCCCAACCUCGCCUAAAACUAGUGUCAGCUCCACUGGGAAAUGGACACUUCGCUGAGGUCAGAGAAGAAGCUAGACGGGUCAGAGAAAGACUGGCUUCCUAUCAGGUUGUCUCUCAUCGUGAGUGUGUGUCAGACCCUCUUGAUGACCGAUGGAAUCAUCCUCCUCAUAGACAUUCUCGAGUGCCGAGAAAAGACGAAGAGGAAGAUGAUGAUGAAGAGGAAGUGGGGCAGGGGGAAGUGGUGGGAGAUUUUGAUGAGUUCCCAAUACAGCGACACUUCAUAAAAAGUCGGCGCAUAAGCAGUGAACAGCUCGGUGGGGGCACGGACGGACCGGCCCCCCGCCUUGAGUCCAACUCCAGAGUCUCCCGAGUUCUGUGGCCUCUGUCUGACCCGGAAGAAUUGAAGAAACAGCGUCAAGCUCAGUUUCUGACGCAGCGGCGUCUCUUCAUGAGUCGGGAGCGAGAACAAGCCAAGGAGAAUCGGGAGCACAGGAAGCACCUGCAGAAGACCGCGAGUUUCAAGGCAGAGAAAGAACACCUUCGCCUGCAGGAAGAAAGGCAUCUGGUGCGGGAGCAGCAGCUUGCAAAGGCCCGACAGAAGCUGCAGGAGCGAGAGCUGCUGGUCCUGGAGCGACUGAAGCUGGAGGACGAGGAGAGAUCGACAGAGCUGAGGAGGAGGCAGGAGAAAGAGAGGGACGCUGCCAGGUAUGUCGAUGCCCUUAGGGCUCAGCUGAAGGAGCGAGUGGGGGAUGAAGAUCUCCCCCCUCUCUGCUGCUGCGCCUCCACCUUCUGGGACUCUCACCCCGAUACCUGUGCCAACAACUGUGCCUUCUACAACAACCCUAAAGCGUACGCUCAGGCCCUGAGGUCGGCCAUGUUGACGCUGGACUUACACUGAAGCUCCGGCACCGGUUUCUUUCUCAGCGUCUGCACGUGCAUGUCACUGACACCACUCGGGCAUCAACAGGCAUUUGAGGAACCUUCGUAGGUCAUGUGAUCGCCCAAGAUUUUUUUGUUGGCUCAUUUGGUGUCUGGACUAAAUCGAAUGGUUACAUGAGGAGAGCUGUGCUCUACUGUAUGUUCCAUUCAUCGACAUUGAAUGAUCAGAUGGAGUGGAACUCUUUUGUUAAUAUUUCCUUUCUUAGUUUCUCUGCAUGUCAUGGUCAGUGGCUGCCACAGCAAGUCACCCUCCUCCACCGUCACCCAACAUCAUCCUCUCUGGUCCUUACAGCCAUAACUACAGCUUUCAUUACUGUGACAACAGAUUGUUUAUUUAGCUUUUUGUUUUCUUUUUCUCUCAUUUCAUGUGUCUUGUACGGUUUUUCCUUCCCCAAUGGCAACUAAUAGUCUUAUUGACAUGAUAAAUUAAAAAUCCUUGAAAAAAAUAUAAUUCAAUAUUUUGUUUCUCAAAAUAAAUAAAUUAAAUUUAGAGGAAAAUGUCUUGCAUUGAAGUGCUUUUAUAUGUGUGCGCGUGUUACCCAUUCAGUCUGUUCAUAAAAGGAUCUUCUGAUAUUUAUUUACUUUUAUUUAAUUUUGCUCCUACUGGUAAAUAUUAUUGCACCAAAAGUUAAGCUAAAGUCAUCACUUUUCUUCUGUCCUUGUUUUGUUCUUCACAACAUUCACUAUACAUUAUAAUCCUUUAUGAACUGUAAUACAAACAUUCAAGACUUGAAUAAAGAACAUUUUCUG